UCACUUUCUUCCGCGCCAUGCCGGUGUCCUUACUCCACAGGAAACCUGCGCUUCACCAGCUCUCCCAUUCCGGAAGCGGCCAGUGUCCUGAACAAAAGCAUCCGGGUACGUCCGGAAGCUGUAGGAAGGAUGGGUUUAUGGCGGAAGUGGGACCUGAGAGAGUCCCGGGCUCCCGUCGCGGUCGGGGCCGGGGCCGGGGCUCGCGCCUCGGCCAUCGGCGACCUCAGACCUGGGAGAUUUCCGACUCAGACGCCGAAGGUGCCCCUGCUAGAGAAGUCGGCACGCCAGCCCGGAGUUCAGUAGGAGAGCGAAGAGCUGCGGCCAAGGCUUUACGGGCAGAUCAGGUCCUGGAGCGUCUGGUGGUGUGCGUGGACCCAGCUGUGCUGGAAGAUGCAGGCUCCGACAUCCUGAUGGAGGCGCUGGGUACACUAGGCUGUGAAUGCCGCAUCGAGCCGCAGCACCAGGCCCGCAGCCUACAGUGGAGCGUUGUGAGGCCCGACCCGGCCCCCAGCAAUGUGCCUCAGGAGGGGAAGGCUGAAAAUGAGCAGGAACAGUUGCUGCUGCUGGAACCCCAGGAAUUUCUUCAGGGUGCUGUGCAGCUGACCCAGAUGACAGACCCACCUUGCUCCAUCCCCUGGCUUUCUCCCGAGAGUCCCACCCGCUCCCAUCUGGCGGUCAUCGGACUGGAUGCGUACCUGUGGUAUCACCUUCAGCCUCAGAGGGGCGGUUGGGGUGGGAUUCCAGGGAAGUGGAUUGCCUCUGCCGUCCUGUCACCUGAUCCCACUUGGCCUGGGUGGGCUCUGCCGAUGUAGGAAGACUUGGGAGCCCAAAAGAUGGUUGCCUCUGUUCAGGUCUCGCAAGCCCAGUUCUCAGAAGACGUGGACACCAAAGAAGUCAGAGGAAGCCCACGCCAGGGUAGCCAUCAGCUGGUCAGAGGUGGAGGAGGCUCUGGUGCUGCUUCAGCUCCGUGCAAACUUGGAUGUGCUGCUGGUAGCCUCGUGGCGAGAGCUGAGUCAGUAUGUGUGUGCCUUCACCAAGGCCCUCGCCCAGCUCCCCUCUAAGACCAGGACUUAAGGUGCACCUACUCACACCUGUGCCCACUCUAGGCUCUACUGGACUGCAGCACAGAGCAGGAGCGCCUGAGCCUCCUAGCUGACCUCCCUGUGAAGGCCCCUGGGGGCAAGCAGCCUCGCAGAGUGGGGCCUGACCUCUCACGAAGACUCUGUAUCUUCUUGACCACCACCAACCCCGACAUCCUGCUGGACCUGAGCUCUUGACCGCACCUCGGGUCGCCUGCCCACCAAUACAACAAGACAGGCCUGCCCAA